AUGGGCAAGGACGACGGUUUCAAGCCUGGUGACUCUGCCAAGGGUGCCAAGCUCUUCCAGACCCGCUGUGCUCAGUGCCACACUGUUGACGCCAACGGUGGUAACAAGGUCGGCCCUGCUUUGCACGGUCUGUUCGGCCGUAAGACCGGCUCCGUCGACGGUUAUGCCUACACCGACGCCAACAAGCAGGCCGACGUGACCUGGAGCGAGGAGACUCUGUACCCCUACCUGGAGAACCCCAAGAAGUACAUCCCCGGCACCAAGAUGGCCUUCGGUGGUCUCAAGAAGGCCAAGGAGCGCAACGACCUCAUCACCUACCUCAAGGAGGCCACCGCUUAA